AAAAUUAGUGUCAAAAGUUUACACAUGUUAUGUGGCCUCAAGGAAAUGAUCAUUUCUGCAAAAGUGUAAAUUCCUAUGCAAAGCAAUUACAAAAACUAGACUAAGUUGUGAAAAGAAUGUUGUUUGAGAGCUAUGGACUGGAGAACAAGAAAUUAGAAUGUUUACUGGAUUUAACUGAUUAUGUGCUCCGAGGUUACAAGUACAGAACACCAAAAGUUGGUGAAAGCAACUUGGGAGUGGCUCCUAAUUCAGACACAUCUUUCCUAACAAUACUAAAUCAGAAGAUAGAAGGCUUGGGGGUUAAGCUCAAGAAUGGGGAAUGGUUUGAAGUUGGUGUUUCAUCCUCUUUGUAUUUGGUUAUGGGUGGUGAUGCAUUGCAGGUGUGGAGUAAUGACAGAAUACCAGCUUGUGAACACCGAGUCUUGGUAAACUCAAAGAUAGAUAGAUACUCUACGGGGCUGCUUUCGUAUGUUAAUAACAUAAUGGAACCACAAGAGGAGCUUGUUGAUGAGGAAAACCCUUUUUGUUACAAGCCUUUUGACCAUUACGGGUACCUCCAUUUCUUUCUCUCAGAUAAAGCUCUGAAAUCUACUUCACGUAUCAAAGCAUAUUGUGGAAUCUAACACACAUACAUUGUGAUGUACUUGGAUGAUCCAUGGUUUUAAUUUCAAUUGUGCAAACCCACUAGAACUUAAAAAUAUGUUUGUGUUAGUUUGUGUGGUGUCCUUAUGAUUCUAAUGUCAUGUUAAAAUUUACGUUUCGUAUUAUUAUUAAUGUUUUAUAUGUGAUAUGUUAUGUUUAUUUCAGUAAUUUUUAUGUAAUAUAGUCGUCAACUUCUUGUCGGAUGAAUGCGACAAAAGAGUAAUGUGUUAUUCGAUCAUCUGAGAUGAAAUGGACAAACUCAUGUUUGUGAAUUGAGAUUACAAAGCGUAAUAGGUGCAAAUCAGUGAUAUAUUUGUAUUUUGAGUUUAAAUUAAAUAAUGAUGGUAUAACUUGAAAUCAUUAUUACCAGUGAUAUGAUUGUUAUAAAUAGACAAACACAUUCUUCUAUUUUAAAAGCAA